AUGUCAAAAGAAUCGAAAGAGUCUUCUAAUAUUACCAGUAUUAGAGACUUUAUAACAGUCAUUGUCAUAACGUUUGUUGUAGGGUUGGGAUAUCCAUUGUUUUUAUUUACUACAUCAAUUCAUAGAGCAGAUUUACCAGUUAAUGAUAUAAAUAAUUUUGAUUCACAAACGAUAGCAUAUAAGAUUCCAAUAUAUUCGGACAAACCUUUAAAUCAUAAUGUCAUUCAAUCGGGUUUUGAAGAGAGGUAUCCUGAGUUGUCUCAAGAAUGGCAAAUAGAAUUAGUUGAUAAACCAAUUGAUGCUAAAUACCAAAUUCAUUCAAAAGAAUCACCCGACAAUAAAUUACAAACUAGCGAAAGAGAUAUUUUCAUUGAUUUUAAAUCACAAGAAGACUAUAAUGUACAAGUAAAUUCAGUCUUAUUUGAUCAAGUAUUUAAAGAUGAAUUGGAUACAUUAAAAGCACUCAAGUUAGACCAAUAUUCUUUAGGUGUUGCAUUUCCUUAUAGUCCACAGUACAACUUGGUGUUUUCAUUAUUUACUGAAAACGGUAAAAGCAUUAACUGGGAGAUUGAUGAAGCCUUGAAUCAAUUUAAAUCAGCUUUAACAUUUUUGAAAAAUAUCACAUCUUUCACAAUCAGUACUCAAAUUCAAUAUUAUUCAAGUUUAACUAAAUCGUAUAAGGAUAAUAUUAUUCUCGAGGAUGAUUUGAAAACAUUUAUUAACUUCAAUGAUUGGAAUUUGGAAAAUUAUGAUAUGAAUCCAACAAUCAACUUCCUAAUAUAUAUACCGGAUAAUACUUUGACAAUUGAAAAUUCCAAAACUAAUUCAUUUUUGAUUUCCAAAUGGGGUGGAAUUAAAGUUUUAAAUAAAAAUUUACCAAAGAUGUCAAAUUCAAAGUUAUUGAAAGAUGAAUUAAUGCCAAUUAUGAAUAUAUUCACAAAUCAAUUAUUCAAAUUAAUUGGAUUACCAGAAGGUCCGCAAUCAUCUCAAAUUCAAUUAGAUUCAUUGGAAAGAAUAUUGAUUUACAAAAACAUUAAAAAUUCAAUAAAUAAUCUUAAAUCAUUAGUCAAAUUAUCUGAAUCAUUGAAAGAUAUAGCGGUACCUGAAGAAACAAAAGAAGAAGUAAUAAAAUGUCUUAACAACAUAAAGUUAGCUGUUGAACAUAAAUCAGUUGAAUAUUCUGCUUUAGCUGAACAAGCAUCAAAUAAAGCCUUUUUUGAAAAGGAAAUGGUACAGCAAGCUUAUUUUCCAAGUGAGCACAAAUUAGCUGUGUUUUUACCCCUACUAGGUCCAAUUGUGCAUACAAAAGAAAUCAAGACACAACUUCAAAGAGAAAAGGAUAAACAAAAGAAACGAAAGUUAAGACAAGAAUUAAAAUUCAAAUCAUUGGAAAAUCCAAUCGAACAUCCUUUGCAUAUGCCAAUAGCAGAGGCAUUAAAUACCAUCAGAUCUUUUGAAGUAGGUAAACCAGCCGAUAAAUCAACCAUUACAUGUCAUUUAUACGUACGUCAAGAGCAAGGGGCUCAUCCAAUUAGUGGAACAGUAGAUAUUCCAUUUCCUGUAAAUAAAAAGACAAAACCAUUAAUCUUCACAACUCAACAAUCAAUGAUAUCCGAAUUAGAACCCUUGGUAGGAGCAGAGAAUAUAGGUGGGAAAGAGCUAAUUGAUAAAUUUGUAAAUCAAGAAUUAUUACCAAGUGAUUUCACUCAUGUUUUUGCAACCAGUGAAAUGGAAAAUCAAUUAAAAAGUGUAGCGAGAAUUUUAGGUCCAGCUGGAUUACAACCAACAAAGAAAAAAGGAACUGUAACUGAUGAUAUAAAUACUAUAACGAAUAUUUUGAGAUCAUUUCAAAUUAAACAAAAAGAUUCUCAUAUAACAUUUACUGUGGGAAAUAGUACAUUUAGUGAUUUUCAAAUUAUGUCAAAUUUAAAAGCUGUAAGUGAUGUUAUAUUUUCACAGAUUGAUCCAAAAGCAUCAAAAAAGACAAGAUUGGGAUAUUGUUUUAUCACUUCUGCAAAUAGUCCUGGGUUAGUCAUUGAUUUCAAACAAGAAUAA